AUGGAGACGGCCGAGGACGUGACGACCCCGGCCAGCCGGCUUGAUUCAUCGGGGCCCAGCAGCUGCGAAAACCCGUCUCGCCUCCUGUUCACUGACAGUGCUGCUGCUGAACCGGUGGCUUCCGGUGGCGUCUCCGGCGGCUCGUGCCAGCCUCAGCGAGAGCCCAUCUUCACACAACCCUGGCGGGCCAGUAUUAGGAUCAGGAGUCCCGAGGUCGGCACGAGCAGACCUUCUACAGCCACGUCGUCUGGCCUGGCCGGCAGCGACCAGAGGCUGAUCAACGUUUGGCGAAUGUGGAAGCACUACCUCAUCAUCAGUCACUUCAUUGGCCAGCCCCGAGGGCCGCCUCUUCGACCUUCCGCGGCCAGCCUCGGCCGGCUCGCCCGACUGGGGUCGGAGUCUGGGCCUCUCUGUCGAAACGGGCGAAUGAGGAGACCGCCCGAAGGGGGCUCCUGCAAUGGCGAGUUGCCUGGGGAAAUAGGGGAGUCGAGGGUCGAUGUGGACCACUGCUGCCAGACGCAAGCCGACUCUUCGUCCAAGCCGCAGUGGUGCCGAGGAUCGACGACGUAA